GAAUCUAGAAAGCUUAGGGGCGCUCCCUUGUAAAAUGCGAAUACAGGCUAAUGAUGAUGUUUAUGAAACAACAAGACAUCGGAUGCAUGCUGCUGAAGAAAACAAUAAGAAUAAAUGCACACGAGUUAUUAAGGCCAAUGAGCCAGUAGGAAGAAAAGUCAAAGUUAAAGGAAAAAUUAAGUCUAAUUCUUCGUCUAAUGUAAUGACUUCAAAUUUGGCAGGAAAACAACGUGACUUUAUAUCAACUAAUCCAGUUCAUAAUUCUUUUAAGCCUUCGUUUUCCUGUAAGUAUGUGCAAAAUAAUCUUGUCAACAAUCGCAUACCCAAUGAAAAUUUAAAGAAACUGUCUGAAGUUAUGCGAAAACCAUUAAAAGAACGACUAGUCCACCUUUUAGCAUUACGUCCGUUUAAAAGGCCUGAGUUAUAUGAUCGUAUUAAUAAAGAAGGUGUACGAGAGAAAGAAAAAAACAUCAUGGCUAAUUUACUUAAACAAAUUGCCUUUAUGCGAGACAAUACGUAUCAUUUAAACAGAUGUAUGUGGAACGAUGUACAGGAAGACUGGCCUUUUUAUACAGAACAAGAAAAAGCUAUUUUGAAAAGAAGAAGACCAGAAAAUCUUACACCCCCGGGCUCAAGUGAUGGCGGCUCUAGUGGUAGUGGUCAGUCGCCUAAUUCUAUUCAUCCAGGUUCACCACCAACUGUUACUGCUUUACCGUUUGAUGUUUUUGGUACUAAGAGACCUGGUUAUUAUCAGGGCAAUGAUGGUUUACCGACCAAAAGACAAAGAAUUUCUCACUAUCGUAAGAAUGAUCCAGAUGUUAGUUACUCAGCAUGUGAUGAUAGCACAAAGCUAAAUAUUACGGCCAAUAUCAACACUGUUCUUGACGAAAAACAACACCGAAAAGAUGACCAAUUCAGAUAUCAUGAGGAAAAGUCAUUAUGUAUUAUUGAAAAGUUAAAUGAUUUUAUAAGUAGUGACACUGAUGAUCUUGAUUCAACAACUGUGACAAUGUCUAACAAGCGUAAUAUUGUAAAUAAUAAUGUAUUGAGUAUUCAAAAUAGUUACCAAGCUUUUGAUGGUAUUGACCAUAGUAAUGAAAAUCUUUGUCAAUUCUCAGAAGAUGAUCUAAAUAAUUAUCGUGAGAAAACAGUAACUAAUUAUAAUGGAUUGUACACUUCCGUAUCAAAAGAAUGUGUCCCUACCAAUUCCUUAAUAAGCAACCAACAAAAUUAUGAAGAAGGUGAAAACAACGUUGAGGGUGAUAUCCUUAAUGUAUCUGAAAUACGCAUUUCGAACCAGUUUCACAGCGGGAAUGAAACGGACUCAUUUCUUACUAUUUCUACAUCACAUACUUUUCCGGAGUUCCCUCAUGAUUUAAAAUAUUCUGAUUAUUCGAACCACUACACUACAAUUCAUAAUUUAGAACAGAGAACACAAUAUAAAGCAGAGUUCAAUGCUUAUUAUAAGGAAUAUAGAAAAUUACAUGUCCAAGUUGUUCAAAUAAGUAAGCAAUUCAGCCAGUUAAAAGAUAGACUUGAAAAAAAGUCGUACGAUGGAAACAUGGAAGGCUAUGAGAAAAUAAAAGCCCAGAUUCUUGAAGAGUACGCAAAAACAAAGAAUAUUAAUGCCAGAUUUUAUUACCUGCAUGGGAAAUUGGGAUACAUAAAAAAACUUGUAUCAGAUUAUGAUGCUUAUACAAACAGGAAUUCAUCAAAUCCUACAGAAAAUAAAGAACUGAGCAGCCUGGAUAUAGCAAAUAAUACUUUUGAUUACAAUAUUGAAGAAUCCAAUGGAUCUUGACAGACCUUAAAGUUGGUCCACCACUACCUUGUCGUUUUUUAGCAUAAUAUUUUAUGAAUGAGCAGUUUAAAAUUAUCUGAGAAUGAUAAUGCAUUUUCCACAGUAUGAUGUUAGAAAAACUUACAAUUCUAAAAUGAUUAUAACAUAAAAAGCUAUACAGUUUUUGCUAUGUACCUUGAACUUGUAUGCAGAUAAGUACCUUGUAAGUUUUUCUGAAAAUAAACGACCUUAUUUAAAUUUA